CCAUUGAGAUCUUAUUGCAAUAUCACAAACCUUACACAACUAUCCCCCUCUUCAUUCCAAGUUCUCUUACAUAACAGAAUCACAAAGAUAAUCUGUUUCAAAGUGAGUAGAGUAUAAACUUUGACAAUUAUUAAUGGAAGGUAAAGGACGAGUUGUAUCAUCAACUUCUUCUUCUUUAACAACCGAACUAUUCGGCUCCAAAGAUCCUGUGCCGCCAUCUUCUUCCUCUGGAAUCUUCUCCUCCAUUUUCCCUCAUCCCUCCAAGGGCGUUACAAGAGAUGGUCAAAGCUCCGAACAUGGCUCACAAGCUCAACGUAGAGAAACUUCAAAUGCACAAGACAGAGUUGAGCCAUGCAAUCUAAGCUCUUCUCUUUACUACGGUGGCCAAGACGUAUACCCUCGAUCCACCACCAACCAAACUUACCCUACAGUUAAAAACGAGGGUCCAAGAAGCCAAGAAAACGAUGCUAAUGGACAUAACUCGCAAGAUGUUUCAAGAGGAAACUGGUGGCAAGGUUCUCUUUAUUACUAAAGAACCAGUUUCUUUGUAAAUCUCUCAUAAGCUCAAGUCAUAUACUAAUCAUCAACCAAUCAAGACUUUUGUAUAAAUAAGCUUAUGCAGGACAAGGGAUAAUAUAUUCGGCGAUAAUAUUGAAAGGGAUCUCCUAGUAAAAGUGUGUUGAUAAUGAACUGUAUCAGUAUUUACUC